AUGCUACAGAAGCUGGACUUAUCUCCACUCCCCAUCCGCAUCAAUACGAUGAACGACAGCGCUGGAGUGAAGAAGAAGAUGAAGCAGGAACACGAGAUUGGAGAAUUGCAGCGGCGUGCUCCUGAUAAGAAGCCAAGAUCUGCGAGCGUUACGGAGAACACGAUUGUCGGCGACACCGUAAUCUACGGCGAUGUGGCCUACUUCAACGAGAAGACAGGUCACGUAGUGCCUGGUGACGUUGACUCACUUCCGAUUUUACAGCGAAAGCCGCGACGAGACGUCGUGAUUGGGAGGAGCCUUCUCCAGAAGAGGUAUACGAGCCUCUAUUUGGAGCACGGCCAUCUGCUCGCGGAACGCCACAGGCUCAGCAUGGAGGGGCAGGAUGACCCACCGGGGAGAAGUGACUGGACGAUGCAUCCUGUAGGAAAUCACGCAGAACGAGAAACAACAGUGGUGAUUGAUCUCACAGGACAGGAGGAAGAGAAGGAGGAGCCAUUGAAACCGGCUGACCCCGGGAACUCGGAAAAGGAACUCAAGAAUCAAGGAAAAUGGAACCAGCAACAGCAGUAUGAGGGAGAGGAAAAACUACAAAAAAUGAGGCGCAGUUAA